CGGAGACACACUCGGGAGUUUAAACAAUAUAGAUAAUGCUUUUGGAUUAUAAGAGUUUCAGUGUGGUAGAGGAGAUGAAGAAACUGAAUGAAGGGUCAAAUGUUGACAGUGGCACCAGGACCCCGACCUCUACGGAUGCCCCCGUCCUCAGCCAUCAUUCACCAGCUCAAUCCGCUGCGCUGUCCUGGCAUGCUGCUAUAAAUGCAGCAAGACAAUUCCAGGGCACAUCCCAAUCCGUGAGCAUCCCAUUGGCUGCGGGCGCCACACCCGUCAGCUCGCUGGCCCAGAGGAAACGACAGCAGUAUGCCAAAAGCAAAAAGCAGGGGAGUACCACCACCAACAGACCACCGAGAGCACUUUUCUGCCUGACCCUCAAUAACCCUGUACGCCGAGCGUGCAUUAACCUGGUGGAGUGGAAACCUUUUGAUACCUUUAUACUGCUGUCUAUUUUUGCCAACUGUGUGGCCUUAGCUGUGUACAUUCCCUUUCCUGAAGAUGAUUCCAACUCAACGAAUCAUGAUUUGGAAACAGUGGAAUAUGCCUUUCUGAUCAUUUUCACAAUUGAGACCUUCCUCAAGAUCAUAGCUUACGGACUCGUCAUGCAUCAGAACUCCUAUGUAAGAAAUGGUUGGAACAUGCUGGAUUUUGUUAUUGUCAUUGUGGGUCUUUUCAGUGUGGUGCUGGAGCUGAUGACCAAAAAUCGAGAUGUCAGUGGGCCGUCUGGUGGGAAGCCAGGCGGAUUUGAUGUAAAGGCUUUACGAGCGUUUCGAGUUUUGAGGCCCCUCCGCCUUGUCUCAGGAGUUCCAAGUCUACAGGUGGUGCUAAAUUCAAUCAUUAAAGCCAUGGUUCCAUUGCUUCACAUCGCUCUGCUUGUUCUGUUUGUCAUUAUCAUGUACGCCAUCAUGGGUCUUGAGCUAUUCAUUGGGAAGAUGCAUGCGACCUGCUAUCUGAACGGCACACGUACAUUAGCAGAGGAAGAUCCCCGCCCCUGUUCUCUAUCAGGUCAAGGCCGUCAGUGUCCUCUCAAUGGCACUGUGUGCAGGGAUGGUUGGAAUGGGCCCAACAACGGCAUCACAAACUUUGACAACUUCCUGUUUGCCAUGCUGACUGUGUUCCAGUGUAUCACCAUGGAGGGCUGGACUGAUGUGUUGUACUGGAUGAAUGAUGCUAUGGGCUUUGAACUGCCCUGGGUCUAUUUUAUCAGUCUGCUCAUCUUCGGCUCGUUCUUCGUCCUCAAUCUGGUGCUGGGAGUUCUUAGCGGAGAGUUUUCUAAGGAGCGUGAGAAAGCAAAGGCUCGUGGAGAUUUCCAGAAGCUGAGAGAGAAACAGCAGUUAGAAGAUGAUCUGAAGGGAUAUCUGGACUGGAUCACACAGGCUGAAGAUAUUGACCCUGAUAAUGAUGAAGAAAGAGUUCAGGAGACCAAACACAGCCCAUGCAUUCCCGCAAGUGAGACAGAAUCUAUAAACACAGAAAAUCCAGAAGAGGACGAGAGGAUCUUGUGCUGUGGACCUGUCUGUCAAAAACUGACAAAGUCAAAGUUCAGCCGCUGGCGUUGCUGGAACAGGUUCUGUCGAAGGAAAUGCAGAGCUGUUGUGAAAUCCGACGUCUUUUACUGGCUGGUCAUUCUGCUGGUGUUUCUGAAUACACUUACCAUAUCAUCUGAGCAUUACAAUCAACCCAAAUGGCUCACGGAAGUCCAGGAUGUGGCUAAUAAAGUCUUGUUGGCCCUAUUUACGUGUGAGAUGCUGAUAAAGAUGUACAGUCUGGGACUUCAGGCGUACUUUGUCUCACUCUUCAACCGAUUCGACUCUUUCGUGGUUUGUGGAGGCAUUGUAGAGACGAUCCUUGUGGAGCUGGAGUUCAUGUCUUCUCUUGGCAUCUCUGUGUUCCGCUGUGUUCGUCUCCUCAGAAUCUUUAAAGUCACUCGUCACUGGGCGUCUCUGAGUAAUCUGGUCGCGUCUCUGUUGAACUCCAUAAAGUCUAUUGCGUCCCUGCUUCUGCUUCUCUUCCUCUUCAUCAUCAUCUUCAGUCUGCUUGGAAUGCAGCUCUUCGGCGGCAAAUUCAACUUUGACGAGACUGUAACUAAACGAAGCACCUUUGAUAAUUUCCCUCAAGCCCUGCUUACUGUGUUUCAGAUCUUGACAGGUGAGGACUGGAAUACAGUGAUGUACAAUGGGAUCAUGGCAUAUGGAGGCCCUUCCUCCUCAGGCAUGCUUGUCUGCAUCUACUUCAUCAUCCUGUUUAUCUGUGGUGACUAUAUCUUAUUAAAUGUCUUCUUGGCCAUCGCUGUGGAUAACCUGGCAGAUGCAGAGAGUCUUAACUCAGCCCAGAAAGAGCAAGAGAAAAAGAGGAGAAAGAGUAUGAUGAUGAGAGAUGCCGAAGAGGGAAAUGCAAAGGUGUCUGUAGAUUCGGACGCUGCUGAAGAUCAGGCAGAGGAGAUGGCAGUCACUACAGGUGAGGAUGAGAAGCAUAAGCCUGGCUUUCCGUCAUGCCGACGGCACCAGAAACUGCCAGAUAUGAGUCUCAGAGAAAAGAAGAGGCCUCCCAUUCCAGAGGGCAGUGCCUUCUUCAUCUUCAGCAGCUCCAACCCGAUCCGUGUGCUGUGUCAUAGGCUGAUCAAUCACCAGAUCUUCACCAACCUCAUCCUCGUCUUCAUCAUGUUGAGCUCCGUCUCGCUGGCUGCUGAGGACCCCAUCCGUAACCUUUCUGCCAGAAACAUUGUUCUUGGUUAUUUUGACUAUGCCUUCACUGCAAUAUUUGCUGUCGAGAUCCUGCUGAAGAUGAUGGCCUUUGGUGCUUUCCUUCACAAAGGAGCUUUUUGCAGAAGUUACUUUAAUUUACUGGAUCUGCUGGUGGUUGCAGUCUCUCUUGUUUCUUUUGGAAUACAAUCAUCUGCCAUUUCAGUGGUGAAGAUACUGAGGAUUCUGCGUGUGCUUCGACCUCUCCGAGCCAUCAACAGAGCCAAAGGACUCAAACAUGUGGUUCAGUGUGUGUUUGUGGCCAUCAGGACCAUUGGUAACAUCAUGAUUGUAACGACACUCCUUCAGUUCAUGUUUGCCUGUAUCGGUGUUCAGCUUUUCAAGGGGAAAUUUUACCGCUGCACGGAUGAGACGAAGUCAAGCCCAGAGGACUGCAAAGGGACGUACAUUUUGUACAGCAUUGGUGAGACGUCACUGCCGCAGGUCCGACAGAGACUCUGGUACAACAGUGACUUUAACUUUGACAAUGUACUAAUGGCUAUGAUGGCACUCUUCACCGUAUCAACAUUUGAAGGCUGGCCUGCCUUGCUGUACAGAGCCAUUGACUCACACAGGGAGAACAUGGGACCCAUUUACAACUACCGUGUGGAGAUCUCCAUCUUCUUCAUCAUCUACAUUAUCAUCAUCGCCUUCUUCAUGAUGAACAUCUUUGUGGGUUUUGUCAUCGUUACGUUUCAAGAGCAGGGCGAGAAAGAGUACAUUAACUGCGAGCUGGAUAAAAACCAGCGUCAGUGUGUAGAAUAUGCUCUGAAAGCCCGUCCGCUGCGGAGAUACAUCCCUAAAAACCUGUACCAGUAUAAGUUCUGGUAUGUGGUGAACUCCACAGGAUUUGAGUACGGCAUGUUUGUGCUUAUUGUCGUCAAUACACUCUGUCUGGCAGUCCAGCAUCACGGCCAGUCACAUCUUUUCAAUUACUCAAUGGAUGUCUUGAACAUGGUGUUCACCGGAGUCUUUGCAGUUGAAAUGAUUCUCAAACUGGUUGCCUUUAAACCAAAAGGUUAUUGUGUGGACCCCUGGAAUGUGUUUGAUGCACUGGUGGUGAUUGGCAGUGUAAUAGACAUCAUUCUGAGUCAGAACACAGAGGACAGUGCGAGGAUCUCCAUCACUUUCUUCCGUCUGUUUCGUGUCAUGCGACUGGUGAAGCUGUUGAGCAGAGGCGAGGGGAUUCGGACGCUCUUAUGGACCUUCAUCAAAUCAUUUCAGGCUCUGCCUUACGUAGCUCUGCUCGUAGCGAUGCUCUUCUUCAUCUAUGCCGUCAUUGGCAUGCAGGUGUUUGGAAAGAUUGCCAUAAUGGAUGGAACCAGUAUUAAUCGUAACAAUAAUUUCCAGACGUUUCCACAAGCUGUGCUCCUGUUGUUCAGAUGUGCGACAGGUGAAGGGUGGCAGGAAAUCAUGUUGGCUUGUUUGCCCGGCAAACAGUGCGACUCUGAGUCGGAAUACAACCCUGGAGAAGAGAAGAGCUGCGGGAGUACCUUUGCCAUCGUCUUCUUCAUCAGCUUUUACAUGCUGUGUGCUUUUCUGAUUAUUAAUUUGUUUGUUGCCAUCAUCAUGGACAACUUUGACUACCUGACGCGUGAUUGGUCGAUUCUUGGACCACAUCACCUAGAUGAAUUCAAGAGGAUUUGGUCAGAAUACGAUCCUGAGGCCAGGGGCCGUAUCAAACACUUGGAUGUGGUGACGUUACUGCGCAGGAUUCAGCCACCUCUGGGCUUUGGCAAACUGUGUCCUCACAGAGUCGCCUGCAAGAGGUUGGUUGCUAUGAACAUGCCAUUAAAUAGCGAUGGUACAGUCAUGUUCAAUGCCACCCUGUUUGCUUUGGUCAGAACAGCUCUGAAAAUCAAGACUGAAGGUAAUCUAGAACAAGCCAAUGAAGAGUUGCGCUCUGUUAUCAAGAAGAUCUGGAGAAGAACCAGUUUGAAAAUCCUGGACCAAGUGGUGCCACCUGCUGGAGAUAAUGACAUUACUGUGGGAAAGUUUUACGCCACUUUCCUUAUCCAGGACUUCUUUAGAAAAUUCAGGAAGCGUAAAGAGCAAGGGAGACGCCAGUUCAAUUUCAACACCACAGCUGCUCUACAGGCCGGUCUGCGCACGUUGCAUGAUCUCGGUCCAGAGAUCCGUCGAGCCAUAUCAUGUGACCUACAGGAUGAAGGUCUAGUUGACAUAAACCUCGAUGAGGAUGAAGACAUUUACAGGAGGAAAGGAGUUGUGUUUGUAAAUCACAUGAGCACAGAGCAGACGCACAACAUCAGCGCCACACAACGUCCUCUUCAGCUUCCAGUCUGUCAGAAAUAUUGUCUUUCCAAAUCAUCCAACAACAUCAUCAAUAAUGCCAACAUACCACCGCUCCCUGCCCAUCACGGCCUGAUCUCUUAUCUUAACCACGCCAGUGAUGAUGGACAAUUCAACAGGCUAGACUCACGUGCUGUUGAGUACCUGACUAUCCAUGUAGAAGACUCCGCCCCUGAUGACAUCGGUGAUGACACGCUGAGCUCAGAGGAGUAUUACAGCGGAGAUGACCUCAAGCUGAAUAGAAAGAGGUCAAACAAGGACACUGUAAGUCAAGCUGUAUGUCCUGAUGUGUCUGAAGAUGAGCGACUCGUAUCCCAGCAGCAUCAGAAGUCAUCAAAACGCCACCUUUUAUCUACAUCUCAAUCCUCUUAUAGACCAACUUUUCGUUUUGAGUGUUUGUGUAAGCAGAGCAGUCAAGCUGAGAUUUCCUUACAACACACAGAUGGACCCUCAUAUCGCCAGGUGAAGGCAGUGGAACGUGGACGAGAAUCGAGUCGAACACAAUUCUCUCCACGUCGCUCGAUCUUCUCAUGGGUAACGCCUCCAGCCACGCCUCCUCCCUACACAGCUCUGAUUCAGUCUCCGCCCACUGCUGGCAGAACUCUGAGUUUUGCUCACAGGAGCUUUGGGAAUGCCCAGCAAGGCUUUGAUUGGUUGCCACCUUCUCCAUCCCACUUACGGGUUCCAGGCAGUGUGUGUGGCCAACUUCAUCGUGGCAGCGCUCAUAAUCUGGUGGAAGCGGUUCUGAUUUCCGAGGGACUGGGCAAAUACGCAAAGGAUCCAAAGUUUGUGGCGGUCACAAAAACUGAAAUCGCUGACGCCUGUGAAAUGAGCGUUGAUGAAAUGGAAAGUGCCGCUAGUAACUUACUGAAUGUCACACUACGCCAGGGGACAGAUGAGACGGCCAACAUAAAUCACAUUCUCCAUGACUACAGCGAUGAGGAGAUCGACCUGGAUGCAAAACAUGAAGAGGAUCUCAAAGAUGAAAUGAUCUACAUCCCAACCACACCAAACUCACAAAUAAUGGACAAAUAAAACUGAUGAAUUUGUGCUAUUAUUUAUAGAGAGAUAAGCUCUUUUAAUGGCUUUCAGUGAGAUUCUAAUGUGAUUUUAAUACCAACAUGUCUUUUUCAGUAUCUUUGCUGGACUGAAGAGCAUUUAUUGUUAAACUGUUGGAGAUAUGAGGGCAUUUUCAGGAAAAUCCUAGCCAAUAUCCUUUAGUUUGAUGUAUUCUGCUUGUUAAAAACAGAUAAGUGUUUCCAUUAAUGGGAGCUUUUUGAUGAGGUUUUUCCGCAGUGUCAUUGCUCCAACUCAGAUUAAAUCAAAACCUUUAUUAUUUAUCACCUAUUCCCCAAACACGAUGAAAUAAGUUUAAAAGUAGUCUUUCCAUGUUAAAGGAUUAAAAUAAAGAAAUUCUGUCAUUUUCCUCAUUUAAUUUCAUUCCUAUAUGACUUUUUAAGUUACAAGAAGAGCGUUUAAGAAUCUCUAGGCAGCACUUCUGUGUUAAGAUCAGUGUCUUAAAGAUUUUUGUGUGUUGCAGAGCAUCAUUUUGCAGAUUUCUUGAAAUGACUGACACAGUUACCAGCAGAGAUCUGCGAUUGAUCCGACAUGCAUAAUUUGAGGGUUUAAGCAUUUACUAUGUGGCUAUAUAUUAAAGUUAUACUCCAGCCAAAUAUCAAAAUUACCCCAUGAUUUACUCUCCCUCAAGCAUCCGAGAUACAUACAGUAUAUCCAUCAUUUUUCAGACACAUUUGAAGUUAUUUUAGUAAAUGUAUUUGCUCUUCCAAGCUUUAUAACGGUAGAAACCGGGGAUCAGGGAACAAAGUCUGACACGCUUUAAGACACAUAGGGGAGAGUGGGGCACAACCUAACGCUUUGGCUCAAUCAUUCAAAAAAUAUUUGAGUUUGAUUAAUUAUAUUCUUACACAAGCAACACACACAUCUCUGCUACAAAUGAACAUUUGAAGUUUGUUUCUAGUAAUUACCGUUCUUGGACAAUUACACCAAACGUGACAGAGGUGCAAACGUUACAACUUACCCCAUAGGGGGGUUUAACUGUAACAGGCAGGGGG